GCACUGACCAUCGCAUCUCAAAGAAAGCGACUUACUGAGGUGAAUCAAAUAAACUUGCAGGUGUGGUCAAGCGUUCAACCGUCGUCGUUGUCGUGCGCAGUUCAUAGAGCCAGAAGUUCGGAACAGAACAGAAAAUGAUUCUGUAACUUCAAACACUUAGUUGAAUGUUUACUAAAACUGAAUUUGUGCUGCAAUAAAUGCGAACGGAAAUCUCAGAAGUUCCCUGUAAUUAGUUCAAGCAAAGGCGUAGGUGACUGACUCAAUGGGUGACUACCAAGAAGACAAGCCAAAGAAGCGGUCUUUAGCUGGUAAUGUAGCUAUUGGGCUUUUCGUGGUGGCUUUCGUAACGAUAACAGUGGCGUUUUGCACCCCUAGCUGGCUGGUGUCGGACUACAGAAUAACCGGCGCUAAACUCGAUCGCUUCGGACUAUGGGUCCAUUGUUUCCGUUCUUUGCAAAAUCCAUACACCAAAGAUGGAUUCUUCGUCGGAUGCCGGUGGUUGUACGACCCUUUCACGACGGGCUACGACAAAAUACGAGGCUACCUGAUGCCAGACUUCAUAAUCGUCACCCAAAUCUUCUUCACGUUGUGCUUCAUCUCCGUCCUAUUGGGUGCCAUCAUAACGCUGAUCUACUUCCUCUGUUUUGGGCCUGACCAGAAGCAGUUCCUUCUGCUCAUCAAAUUGAACGCCUUCAUUCUGCUGGCAGGAGGCAUCUCGGGGGCCAUCGCGGUCAUAGUUUUCGCUUCGCUGGCCAACCAGAACAGGUGGAUGCCUGGACACGAGAACAACUUUUUUGGGUGGUCCUUCGCAUUGGCUUGCAUAGGGGUGGUGCUGGUUCUAGUCACUUCUACGCUCUUUUUUGUCGACUUGCACGUGCAAAAGAGGAAGCGGAGGUUGUUGGCAGAGUCUCAGAGCAGGUUCGAGAUGGAGCCUGAGCACAAGGGGUGGUGAGGAGAUUAUGAAAGGCAUCCGUGUGUGUUUGGUUUGUUGCUUAUUUUUUAAUGAGAGAGAGCAGACAUUCUUAGACAAGAUGUAUUAUUUUUCAUUCCAAAACAUUUGUAAAAUGUUGCUAUUUUGAUAGUUUUUUUAUUAUAACACAGUCCGUCCAUUUUAUAAAUUAUUUAGAAAUAGUUUUAAGUUAAUAAGAAGGCAGUUGCACUUUGAAGAGCAUGGAUCUUUACAUAAACUUUUAAAUGCCAUGUCAGAAGUGUUUUUGAUUUUUCGUGUUUAACCAAUAUGUAUGUAAAUCUAUAUUUUAUUAAAAUCUGAGACACUGCCACUAUGAGCUGUUGAUCUUAAGUUAAGUGCCUUUAUAGUAUACGAGUAUUCAUGUCAUAAUUUACUCUGAUGUAUUUUAGAAAAUUUCUCGAAUGUUUGGAUUUUAUGUUAUGAUGCUUGUAAAGCUGUUAUGUUAAUAAAAUGUUGACGAUACUUUA